CGGGAUAAUUGCGAUAAGUGGCAAUUCUACAAGCUUUAAUUGAGGACGACGACGACGUGAUUUAUCUAUGUUGCAUCAGCUCGCUUAAAUAGAGCUGCCCACUCGGCUUGAUCAUCCUGUAUAAAUGGCACUUCAAUUCGGGAUGUCCAAGUCGAAAAUGGCCAUUGGCGAACCGGAGGCGAGUAAGCUGUGGAUUCACUGCAACAGCUGUUGCGACCUGUUUGCUGAGAAGAAGUCAGUGUUCUUCCUACUUGCCUGUCACCAUGUUUUCUGCAAGCGGUGCGUUAAGGCCGCCGUCGGCCACACGCCCAGCGAUGCCCCAAUCUUCGAUUGCCCCAUCUGUAGGCGAAGCGUCCGUGGCCGGCAGGUGGGCAACACAAUGCCCAACCACAUCAAGCAGUUCUUCCACCCGGAACCCUACGCACUGUCCAAUGACUUCAUCGAGACGUUUCAACGUGGCAACCACCGACACUUUGACAAGUAUAAGGAAAAAAAGGAGUUGGAAAUGGAUAAGUUGAACAAGGACAUCGAGGUGGCCAAAUCCGUGUGCCAAAAACGCUUCAUGGAGGCGCAGAUGCUCCGCGUGGAGCGGAAAAAGCUGUCCCAGCGGUCGCAACAUAUAAAAUUGCAAGUCUCAAAUCAACAGGCGGAAAUGAAACGGAUCAUUCAGGCUAAGGUUAACCGUUCAUUGGAGCCAUCCUCUACACAGGAAUCCUCAAUCCGAGGUCGGAAUCGUGUUCGUGGCCCCUCACAAAGUCGAGGGAGUUCGAAGGAUUCAAGUCGCAGUCCCUUAGCCAAACGAAAUCAGGUCACUAGUUUCAUGCAUCAGCCAAACCACUCCUUCAAUCUAUAAUCUAAUCUUGUAUUCGAAAAUAAGGUAUUUAU